AUGGAAAUGUGCGAGCGGAAUCCUUUAAAUCCGGGCUAUGUUGGUUCUCUGCUAAAUUUCGCCCCUCCCGAGUCUCUCUAUUUCUCCAACCUGCGGGGUAAUGGAGCCCACUUACCCGGCCUGCAUCAGCUCCCUUACAAUAGGAGAGAGGUGUGCACGCUCCCGUGGACUUCCCCAAGUUCGUGCGCGCCCGGAUCACCAGCAGCACCGGCACCAGCGGCACCGCCGACACCAGCACACCAGAGCCGCGCCUUCGGGGGCUACUGUCCGCCUUUUCUGCCCAACUCUGCGUCUGUAAAUACAAACUUGAGCCCUGGACUCGUCAAGACGCAUUUGGAGGAGUCGGCUCGAUGCUUUCAGGGCGCAAACCACAAGACAGAGGAGGAAGGGAGGCAGGGUGACGUUUACGCAGGAGAGCACGGGGAGCGCGGGUACGCUGAGCUGGAUUCAGGAUCUACGGGGUCACUGAGCAGCACCAAACAGGAGCAGAGUCACGGUCAGCCAUCAGCCAGUCACACGUGCACCAGGACCUCAUAUAUAGAAGGUGCCCCGUGGUGCUCCUCUCAAGUGAAAACCAGAAAGAAGAGGAAGCCCUACACCAAGCUGCAGCUGGCUGAACUUGAGAAUGAAUUUCUGAUGAACGAGUUCAUAAACAGACAGAAACGCAAAGAGCUGUCGGACAGGCUGGACCUGAGCGACCAGCAGGUGAAAAUCUGGUUUCAGAACCGGAGGAUGAAGAAGAAAAGGCUGAUGAUGCGCGAGCACGCUUUCUCAGCGUACUGA